AUGUUCACUGUGUCUGGCAUCAAGGGAGAGACCCUGGGGGACAUCCCACUGCUGGCCAUUGGGCCGGCCAUCUGCCUGCCAGGCAUCGCCGCCAUCGCCCUCACUAGGAAGACCGACGGCUGCACUAAAUGGCCCAAGAACAAGUGUCCGUGCUGCAAGCAAGUCAAGGACCGGGAUGUCAUGGAGCUGCUGAGGACCCCUUCAGACCUGGAGUCAGGCAAGGGGAGCUGCGAUGAGCUGGCCAAGAAAGCAUACCAGAAGGACAGGAGAGUGCUGCGGGGUGAGGACUCUGUGUCCAUCUGCACCACCACCACCACCACCACUAUGGGAGAGUGCAAGAGCCUCAUCAGAAAGGUGGAGCAGGAGGAGAUGCUGAGAUACCUGGAGACCUGCUACCCAGAGAUGCCGGGGAAUGUAUUCGUGGGAGAUAGCUCCAUGUAUAGUGCCUUGGAGAAGAAGAGCUCUUCUCCCACCAGGGACAGCACUGCUUGCCCUGAUAUUGAAGACAACAUUUUUGUUGCUCCUAAAGACAGUAUCAUUGUCUGCUCUUACAAGGAGAACAGCCCUUAUGACAGAUACUGUUGUUACAUAAACCCUACAGGAGUCAACUCAGACCAGGAGACCAUAGUGUGA